CCUCCACGGUUACUGUUUAAAAAAGACGACGAAGAAGAAGGGAGCGGAAGUGAAGAGACGUGUCGGUGGUUUAAAGCGCAGAAGAAGAAGCGUGUGCGUCCAUGUGAGAGGAUCAACAUGUCUCCUCCAGGAGGGAAGAUAAACAGACCGAAAACUGAGCUGGGAAAGAAACUUUUUAAGCGACGUCGAGUUCUGAGUCGAGAGAAGAGGAAGAAGCAUCAGAUCGUUGGAGCUGUGGUGGAUCAGGGUCUCAUCACCGUCCAUCACCUGAAGAAGAGGAAGUCGAGUCCGAGAGCGAACAUCACUCUGUCUGGGAAGAAGAAACGAAAGCUGCUCAAACAGCUGCAGCACAUGCAGCAGCAGAAGGCCGGUAUGGAAGUUGAACCUGCAGCUCCACCACCGAAGAAACAGGACUCGUCCUCCUCCUCCUCCUCCUCCUCAGCUCCAACCAAGAAGAAGAAGAAAGCAGCUGGAUCCCAGGGGGACGUAGAGAUGGUGGAUAUCGAAUGAAGAGAAGAGGGAGUGAUGUGCUGAUGUAGGGCAGCGUCCUGUCUUUUAAUCCAGAGGACAAUGAGGACGCAGCUGACGGUGAAUGGAGCUCUGAAAUAUGAUCGACUGGUUUCUCUGAACAAACCUGUGACCGUAACGUUUUUCACAGUUUGAGCCCAGAGGGAUGAAAGUCUGUCUGCACCUGUUUGAGUCAGACGAGGUGAGAUUUUUAUAAAGAAUACAAAGAGAGGUACAGGAAUAUAUGGAAGCCUGUUUCUGCCCAAAAAUAGAUUUUUCAAGUCAAAAUUAUGAGUAAAUUUCUUUUUAGCUCAUAAUUUUUACCUGUAAUCUAAUAAUCUUGGCACAGUAAGAGAUCUGUGUUUAACUGAGUUUAGAGUUUUGACUGAUUUUAAAAAAUUAUCUCUUAAAUUGGACUAACCAAAGGUAUUUUAGUCAUUCCUUGUAUUUCAUUUAAUUUUUUGUUUUGGCAGACUUGGGCUUCCAUGGAGACAUUUGUUGACUUGAUGUGAAAGUUUUGUCUUGACUGUAUUUUUAAAGUUGUUGUUUAUGUCAUGAGACCUGCAGGUCCUUCACAUGAAUGAAAGUUAUUUAGAGCGAGCGUAGUUGUUCCACAUUCAUCCACUUUUUAAAAUUAAACAGUUGAUGAUUUGCAACAUUUAA